UGAUAUGAGCUCCUGUGGGCUUAACGUGAGCCUAGCGGACGAGGCAACAGCGUGCGCAACACCCAGGGUCCCCAACACAUCUACGGUGCUGCCAGGCGAUUCCGGCACAUCACCGGCGCUGCCUAUCUUCUCCAUGACCCUGGGUGCAGUGUCCAACGUGCUGGCGCUGGCGCUACUGGCACAAGCUGCAGGUCGUCUGCGGCGGCGCCGCUCAGCUGCCACUUUUCUGUUGUUCGUUGCUAGCCUGCUAGUCAUUGACCUGGCAGGCCAUGUGAUCCCGGGAGCGCUGGUGCUUCGCCUGUACGCUGCAGGACGUUCGCCUGCUGGCGGGGCCUGUCAUUUCUUGGGCGGCUGCAUGGUCUUCUUCGGCCUGUGCCCACUCUUGCUUGGCUGCGGCAUGGCCGUGGAGCGCUGCGUGGGUGUCACGCAGCCACUACUCCAUGCGGCGCGCAUGUCAGUGGCCCACGCACGCCUGGCACUAGUCGUGCUGGCCGCCAUGGCUUUGGCAGUGGCGCUGCUGCCGCUAGCACACGUGGGUCACUACGAGCUACAGUACCCUGGCACCUGGUGUUUCAUUAGUCUUGGACCUCGUGGAGGUUGGCGCCAGGCAUUGCUUGCUGGCCUCUUCGCCGGCCUUGGCCUGGCAGCGCUCCUUGCGGCACUCGUGUGCAAUAUGCUCAGCGGCCUGGCGCUCCUGCGAGCCCGUUGGAGGCGUCGCAGCUCUCGACGUCUCCGUGAGACCACAGGCUCCGAUGAUCGCCGGCGCUCCGAAGAUAGCCGGCGCUGGGGGUCCCGUGGACCACACUUGGCCUCCACCUCGUCUUCCUCAUCCAUCGCUUCAGCCUCCGCCACCCUCCGUAGCUCCCGGGGCGGCGGCUCGGUGCGCAGGGUUCGCGCGCACGACGUGGAGAUGGUGGGCCAGCUCGUGGGCAUCAUGGUGGUGUCGUGCAUCUGCUGGAGCCCCCUGCUGGUGUUGGUGAUAUUGGCCAUCGGGGGCUGGAACUCUAGCUCCCUGCAAAGGCCGCUGUUUCUGGCUGUGCGCCUCGCGUCGUGGAACCAGAUCCUGGAUCCGUGGGUGUACAUCCUGCUGCGCCAGGCCGUGCUGCGUCAACUGCUUCGUCUCUUGCCCCUGAGGGCCGGUGCAAAGGAUGGCCCAACAGAGCUGGGCCUAACCAAGGGUGCCUGGGAGGCCAGUUCACUGCGUAGCUCCCGACACAGUGGCUUCAGCCAUCUCUGA